UAAAAUCAUGAAACAAAUGUUUUAAAUCAAAAUUAUUUUAUGUGAAUCUGAGAUAUAUUUAACUAUAAUUAUUGUAAAAACAUGAAAAUAACGUUAAACAGUGAUAUUCAAAGUAGUGAUAAUCUUUCGAUAAUCAAUGGCCAACACAAUGACUCAGAACCCGUCGGUAUUAAAGUGGCCGCUAUUGACGAGUCAUUGCUUUUACAUCAAACUGUAGACAUACUAUUAGCGGGCAAUACGGACACAAAGUGUGAAGUGGAGUUGACCGGCACUUGUCUUCAAUACCGAUAUCGGGAUAACCGACUAAAAGAUAAAUGCAAAAUCAUAUAUGUUGUCGAUAUAAUCGGCUGUUCUGUUAGUGAUGCCACAGAUGAGUCCAAAGUUGUCCUCAAUAUCAUUGCCUAUCGUAUACGUCGUGGUCGGCGUAAACGAAAGUCAGUAAAAUUAGUAUUCAGUGGUUACGGGAGUCGUGACCACAAUUACGAAGAGGCCAUUAAAUGGAAGCGAACAAUAAUGAGUCUAAAUUACGGUCCAUACGGUAUCACUGGUCACGGCCGACACAAACCGCUAAUGUUUAUCGUAAACCCUAAGAGUGGUCGCGGGCGGGCACUCAAGAUAUUUGAGGACUUCGUAAAACCACUGUUGAAGGAAAGCGAGACGUUAUAUGAAUUGCAAAUCACAGAUCACGCCAAUCAUGCAUUGGAACUCAUGAGAGAUACGGAUGAUCUCACCAGAUAUCGGGCUGUAGUUGUCGUGUCUGGCGAUGGACUACUCUAUGAAGUGGUCAACGGUCUGACUAAGCGCAUGGAUACCAUAACUGAGGAACGUUUGCCCGUGACGUUAGGUAUAAUACCUGGUGGUUCUGGUAACGGAUUGGCUCAUUCAGUGAAUCAGGCAUUUCUUAACCAUCAGAAAGCAGUUGAUUCCAUAUAUGACUGUGUACUACAUGUGCUUCAGGGACAUCCAUUACCCAUGGAUUUGGUACGCGUAACGACUGAGCAAAAUGUUUAUUUCUCAUUUUUAUCACUCGGUUGGGGACUAAUGGCCGAUAUCGACAUCGAGUCUGAACGGCUCCGGGCGUUAGGAGAGCCGAGAUUCACUAUUUACGCACUCUAUCGGUCUUUUGCCUUACGAAAGAACAGGGCUCGACUCAGUUAUCUUCCGACACAAACCGACUCAUCGGAUGUUCCUGUUUUAGCCGAACCGGUUGGCAAAGAUUGGGUAACAAUUGAUGACCAAUUUAUUCAGAUUUAUGCCUCCUAUCAAUCGCACAUAAAUUCAACGGCAAUAUUUGCUCCCGAGGCCACACUAGACGACGGUAUUAUUUGGCUGCUAUUUUUACGAAGUAAAGUUAGCCGUCGUCAGGUCAUACAGUUUUUAUUGGCACUGGAAAAAGGCAGACACCCGGCACUGCCCUACGUUGACUUUGUCCCGGUCAGGGCUUUCCGUAUAGAACCGUAUAAUAAUAUCGGCAAAAUGACUGUCGACGGUGAACUGGUCGAGUCGGGUCCCAUACAGGCCGAAGUUGUGCCCCGUAUGGCCACUAUAUUGACCCGAUAGUUGUGUCACAUGAAUCGGGAAAUUGUUAUUUAUUUUUCUAAGUUGUUUUUAAACUCAUUUUUAUUGUUUUAAUUUUAAUAAUAAAUAUAUAUUGAAAGUCUUUGAUAACCUCAUAGAUAGGUCUCGAUAUACACUACAAGUAAUACAAGUAAAUGA